CAGCACCCCAGGCAGCACUGCCACCCAGGGUCGGCGAGGUAGAGGUAGAGGCCCCCCGAUACGUCGGGGCGAUGCGGCGGACUUCCUGGCGUAUGCGUUCUGGGGGAGCACCUGCGCUGAGGUGGAGGCGCUGCCCGGCGGUGCCGCCGCGCUGGAAUCCCAAUUGGCAGCCCUGGAGGCGGCUGCGGGCUGCCCGUUCGCACCUGGCCGUACGGCAGGCCGCCGCAUUAUGGCACACCUACGGGAGCCGUUGAGGGUGUCGUACAGACCUGCCGUACUGUACGGCUUGACGGAGCUGCUCAGCGUCGCGAAGCGGCUUAGCUUGGCUAAGCGCGGUUACCGCAAGUGGGUCCAUCCGUUAUUUGCCGUAUAUGAACUGGAUGUACGGGUCAGUGGAAACCGGUACGAUGCCACAUCUGCAUUCGCCGCCGUCGGCGGCGGCGCCGCCGCCAGUGUCGCUAGCGCCACGGCGCCGUCAGGUGCUGCCGCCGCGGUAGAGGCGGCGACCGUGGCGGCGCCGCCACUGGCGGCUUCCGAUAUGGCCGUCACCACGGUUUCACCUGGCUCCGAACCACCCGGGGCGGCUGCCGCAGCUUCCAAUGCUGACGUCAUCCGCCGUACCUUCUCACUGGCGCUCCGUACUCAUCCGCUGGCGACGCACGACGGCUGGUCGAAUGGCAGCGCCAAGCCGCCAAUAGUGUUCCUGCACGGCAUCGGCAUAGGACUGCUGCCGUACCAGAAGCUCCUGGACGAGCUGUCGUACGCGUGUCCCGACAGGCCGCUGCUGCUCCUGGAGUACAAGCACGUGUCCAUGCGGCUGACGCCUCACGUCCCCAGCGUGGACGAGAUGGCUACAGCGGUUUCGGAGGCGCUGCGAGCGCUGGGCUACAGCCGCGCCACCCUCAUCGGCCACUCGUACGGCACCCUGGUCGCGUCGCGCUUUAGCAAACUGUUCCCCAAGCAGGGUAUGUUCAUUCGGGACCUGCACACGGCUGUGGCCACGACGUUGCGCUUCCGUUGGGCGGAUAUGAACAUGUGGCCGCAGGAGCUGCCCACUCACUGUCUGGUGGUGUUGGCGGGGCGUGACUACCUGAUGUCUGUACCCACCCUGGAGGCCAUGUUGGCGGGGGCGGGGUACGGCGACCACGUCAUGGUUCACCCGGGACUGGACCACGGUGAGCUGCUGAGGGACGCCGCUUGGCGGGGUGCCGUGGUACGACGGAUUGCGACGCUGGUCUCGGAGGCGGAUGCGGACGUCGUUAGGUCAACCCGGCUGCCGCUACGGCUGGGCGGCCUGGUGGGCCCCCUGCACCCACAUCGCGUCGUACGGCCGCUGCUGCGCCGCCUUUUAUGGAGCCUGCCUCCGCUGCCAGCGGCAGCGGAACAAGGGCUGCUGCGACUGCUGCCGGAGCCGCUGAGGUACGACCCGGUGGCGGCGCCGCCGCCGCUGCCGCCAGCGUCGCGGCCGCCGGUGACGCUGUUGCCGGCAGAUCCACAUGGCGGCCCCAACGGCACAAAGAACUGUACGGCAGCUGCGGCGGCUGCACAAGCGGCGGAGGCAGUGGCCGAGGUCAAGGACGGGGCCGGAAAUCGGACGGCCAUCGCCACCACCGCCAGUAGCAGUAGCAGCUGCGCUACCAAGCCGCCGCCGCCGCCGCAGCAGCAGCAGCAGCAGCAUCUGAAGACAACUCCCUUGCCGUACACGCGAUGGUGGCAGUCUCGGGUUGUCAUGCCGGCGUCAACGUCAAGGUUGGUGGACUCGCGCUUGACGCCAAACAUCCCGCAGCCUCCGAAGGUAGGCAGUAUUGGAGGGAGUGUAGGCACCACCGGCGGCGGCGCUGCCGCUGCCACUGCCGCUGCCGUCAGCACGUCUUCGCCGCCGACAUUCUCCGCCGCCGUGUCGGCGGAUGCAGCCAAGCAUCACCAGACCUGCUCGGACGGCGGCGGCGGCGCAACAGCCCCUCACACGUCUGCUACCGCCGACGGAGACUGCGACGGCGGUGACGUCAGCGGUACGGCACCUGUUGGCGGCGGAGCUGCCGACGGGAUGGGCCAAGUUAUUACUAGGGGAGCUGCAUUUGGUGGGUUCCAACGGCCGGCGGCGGUCAUCCGUCCUGGCGUGUCGCUGCUUCGCCGCUUGCUGCCGUACUCAACCGGCCGUCAGGGUACAAUUGUCAAGUCGUACGGCUCUGGCUGCAGGGUCACUUACGGCGUCGCUGCGUCGUUUGCCAGAUCUCCCUUGUCGAGCGCCGUCCAUGCUACUGCCGCCGCCGCCGCCGCCGCCCCUGCUGCUGCUGCUGCUACGGCUAAGCCUCUACUCCAGGCGAGCGCCCCACCGUCCGGCGCCAUGGGCGCCGCCGGCUCCCGUAUCGUCGGAUCUGGCAGUACGACGCGACGCAUGGUGGCUUCUGCCGCGACUGCGUCAAUGGCGGCGGUGGGUGACGGCGGCGGUGCCGGGGAACCCGAUCUCGCUGCCAAAGCGACGGCACCCGAAGCGGCGGCGGCGGCGGCGGCGACAGCUACAGCUGCUGCAAUGCGCGGCACACACCGUAUGCUGUCCGUGGCGGUGCCGACGAAGCUUCCAGAGCCUGCUCUACGAACGUUGCUGCUGCUUCCGGAGCUCACGGCGAGGCUGUUGCCAGUGCUUCCGGAGCUGUGGCAGCGCGCGAAGCCCGUGCUUGUGGAUAUGUGGACCUUGAUCCGUCCGCUACUGCCGAAACUCCUGCAGGCGCUACUGCCCGUGAUGCCGCGCUUUCUCAUGGCGCUACUGCCCGUGAUACCGCACUUCUGGCGGCCGCUCUCCGACGACAACGACCCGGCCCCGCAGGUUGUAGCAACUGCUGCGACGGGGCAUGCUACCGCCGCCGCCGCCGCCGCCGCUGCUCCUGCCUCGAUGACUACUACCGUCGCGGUGGGCCCUUCAGAAGCGGUGGCGUCGGAUCCGGCGUCUAACAGUUCCUGGAGGUUCCCUGACUUCCGUACUGGCGGAUGGAAAUCAGACAGGUUUCGGAGCGGCGGCUGUAGCACCUCGUGGGGACAAGUUCUAGGGGUAGCGGGCAUAUGGGCGGCGACGGUUGCGCUACUGCCUGAGAGCGCCAUGCCGUACCUGCCCAGUGCCGCCAACUGCUGCUCCGUCGGUGCCUUUCGCGACAUGCAGUACGGCAGUAGCGGCGGCAGCUACAGCGGAGGUCGUUCCGUCGGCGACGAGCCCAUUCGGCGCUGCGGAAGUUGGGGUCCGGAGUUUCCCGUCGCGGCAUUCGGGGGGCCCGAUCCGGAAAGUUCUGAAUUGGCGGCGGAACGGCGGGGAACGGCGGCGGCUUCCGUCGCCGCAACGACGGCGGCGGCGACGACGACAGAAGCCAUCCCCGCAGUAGCCGAUGCUGCAGCUGCAGCUACAGCAAGCAGCGCCGCAAACGGCCCCGGCAGGGCGACCGGCGCCUUGAUGAUCCGGCAACACAUCGCGAUGUCGCUGGUGAACUGCCUCGCAAGGCAACAGAGCGGGAAGGGCAGCGGUAGCGGCGGCGGCGGCGGCGGCUCCGAUGAUGAUGCGGCCGCACACGUUACAACGGCUGGAUCGUUGGCGGCGACGGUGGCGGAGUGGCGACGGCUUGCCGCCGCCACCGCUGGCGCCGCCAACUGGCCGUCGGAGCACGCCAGUGUUCGGGUACUUCGACAGCUCCGACCUCGCGCGCAAACGUCCUUCCACUGGGCUGCGUCGUUGUGGUCGCCGCAGGACUUAUCCGAAUUUGCCGUACAGCAGGCCGACAGGGUUGCGUCGGCGGCGGCAGGUAUGUUGCGCGCGGUAGCGCCGGCGGCGGCUUCAACUCCGCGGCCGCCGUGGGAAGGGCCUCUGUUGCUGAGGCAGCAGCUUGGCGGCCUCGGCGUCGACGUCGGCGGCGGCUUGCCGUACAGAGCCUGGAGCGCUAAGUUGCGACGUCAUGCGCUGCUGGGCAAGAAGGGACCCCCCGCAGCCGUCAGGUCGGGGCGCACUUGCAUCAUCGAUCCGGGCAGCCUCCCGGGGGCGGCCGAAUUUAUAAUCGCCCUAAUCGCCCUAAUCGCCCUAAUCGCCCUAGCACUAAUACAAGACUACGAAGAAAUAGUAUCUUCAUUAAUUUCAAAUGCUUGA